AUGGAAAUUCAAUGCGCGGGUUUUCCCAUCGUAACAACGCGGCCUGUCCAGUCCUUUAAGGACUCGCAACUCGGGGAACGGGUCGCGCAGUUUGCUUCGAAGUAUGCCUCGGCUUUGACCUCAAAUAAGCCGUUGCGGGAGAAGCCACGCGCGGAUUGUGACAAGUAUCGCGAUUCACAGGAGCAAGUAAUGAAACAUUGGAAAGGAUUUUUCCAUGAUGUCGUGCACAAGCUUCAGCCAGACGUUGAUCCGGACGAGAUCUGGCUUGAUCUGUGUCGGGGAGGCCUCACAGCAUGCAAAGCGAUGGAUUACUGCAAAUGGUUCCUCGAAGACUAUAUUGCCCAAUCAGCGCGAGAAGUUUGGUCCGAUGAGUCCGACGACAUGGAUAUCGAACGGUCGAUAAAAAGGAAUAUAAGCGUUUCGGCUAUAUGGAGAACUUUAGUAACAGCGGUCGAUAAUACGAUCCUUUAUCGGAAAAGGCAAACCGUCGACGGCGAAGAGGCGCAUCGAUGGACCCUCAUGUAUUCGGAUAGCCAGAAGAAGCGGGGAUCGGGACCAGUAGCCGAUAUUUCGAAUUGGAUAAAAACGGAUUUAACUGUCGAGUACGAUCUCGUUCAGGAGCAAACAUUCAAGAAGGUCGGGGCGACUUCUGUGGAUGCCCUCGUCCUAUUGAGGGCGCUGUGGGUGAGCGCAAAACACAUUCCUUGCAGCCGCCAGGAUCGCGUCGACUUCCACAAGGCAUUCCUCGUGAUGCGCACAGGCGGUUUUCGCCCUGGCUGUGUUGUAAAACUAAAAUACAAGCAAGUCGAGGUGGACCUAGUUCGACACCCAGGGUUGCCAGCCAGCACGAAGAUGGUUCCUCGCGUAAAUAUCACGAUUUUACAAAACAAAAGGAAACGAAGUCAAGCUGGCAAAUCGCAGGACGAGAAGGUUGAAUUCCCAGUAUUUCCUGCAAAAGAUCCCCUGGUCUGCCUGUCAACAUUGUUGAUUACACAGGCAAUUUACGACCAAGCUUUUGCCACCUCAACGACUUCCCUCGAUGACCUAACACGGCCCAGGAACGACCAUUACGUCAAAAUGCGCUGGAAGAAAGAGAUGCUGGAUCGGGAAAUAAUCCAGAUAGAUUAUGCUACCUUUCUCAGGGGUUUUCACCGUUUGGUUCUUGUGGCUGGUGCUCGCGAAAAAAUAAGGCCGUAUGCAUUGCGAGUCGGUGCAGGCGCCGACCUCGACAAGGCUCUCACCUCUGCCCAGCGAAACUAUGUGCUAUCAAACUCUACCUCGAUAUUCGAAAAAAACUAUCAGCCAAGGGCCGUAAACUUUGACCUGAUGAAGAUCACAUUCGGGGACCAUGCUGGAGGUGACGAGACCGAGGAACUGUUGAAGCUUACGCACAACAUGUCAUUCACGUGGAACAAAAAUGCACCAAUAUACCCUACCCAGGAAGAUGUCGCUUCCUUCGAACAGAAGCCCCGCAUACGCGCUUACCGUGCCGAGUAUGCCAGGCUCAAGGAUGAUCCCUCACCAGAGGCCCAAAAGCAGGCAAACCGUGUGCAGUCGCGUAUAAGCAAAUCGAUAGACAUAUUGUGCAAGCUGAGAGUAGCGCGGAGGAGAAAGGAAUUCUGGGAAGAUUCAGACGGACGCAACGCGGAUGGAAAAAGAACAGACAAUAUGCCAAAUCAACACAUUAACCCGCGGAAAGCGCGGCAUCAAGAUUCAAUGACAGCCGCCACGCAGAUUGGACAAAUACUGUGCCAAGAUGAAGUGGGAUCCACAGAUUUCAGCAAUUCGCUGCUCAACUUUCUCCGCUGUCAAGACGAUAGCAUUGCGACACUUUGUGAGGGGCUCGAGUCACCACAGGCACCAAUGCCUACCUGUCUCCUAUGCAAGACCACUUUUACAGACAGGAGAAACAUGAUACGACACAACGUCAACAAGCAUCAAGCUCAAUUUGAGAAGCCCUUCGACUGUCCCAGUUGCAAAAAUCCUUUUACCAUCCAAGGUGCUGACGACUGGUAUCAGCAUGUCUUUUAUUUUCACGGCAAGCAGAACGCUGCAAGAUGGCCUCUUGUGAAGAAAGAAGCCGACACGGCCUCGAAGCUACUCACAUGUGACCGACUAGCUGGUUCAAAACAUAUCUGUUGCUUAUGUGGCCAUGAUUACAACUCGAAGAAGAAUUUGACACGGCACAAUUUGGAAACGCACCAUCGGGAAGGACGGUUUGACGAACUUUUCGAUUGUCCUGCAUGCAGCAUUAUCAACAAUGAAAAAAGGGAAAUAAACAAUGCCGCAGAGUGGAGCAGCCACGUCGCAAGGGUUCACGGCGAGCACAACGCCCCGGCGCUGCCAAAAACCAAUAUUAGCUUCAAACGGAACCGGGAUGGGGGCAAAAAGAGUGACAACAAACCAGAGUUAGAGGGGAAAGGUGCGAACCACGACGUACAAACGGUGGUCCCUAAAAAGAAAAGGCGACCCGAUAAGGGCCAAUUGGAAAUAUACAAAGGCAAAAAGGCCUUGUGCCUUCUUUGCGGAUGGAUAACGGCUCCUGGACGGUUCUUCUCCACGCAUCUUGGAAAAAAGCACGGAAAGCAGUUUGAGUCACCAUUUUCUUGCCCAAAAUGUUUGGAGUCGGGUCGCGAAGUGCGCAUUUCUUGCCGGUUUGGUUGGACGUGUCACGUGUCCAAGGAGCACGGUGGGGACAACGGCGCUAUGCUUGUUGAUGCUGGUGAAAGCAACAACGGAGUCGGCCGCUGUGUGAAGUCGGAUGUUGAGAUGCCCAAACAGGUUGAGGCUGUCUCGGGUGGCAAGGGAGCUUUGAUUGAGCCAGGCAUCCCGGGUACCUUUAUUGAUCCCAUUCUUUGA